AUGUUUGCCGAAAUAUCGCCAAAGAAAUUGCGCAAUCUUUUCGACGAUGUCGUUGAUCGGCAAACCGGAACCGGUUAUCAGAGUUGGCAUCGAGGCACACAAAUCCCCGACAGAAAUCCCCGCCUCGGGCACAUUCAUCGCCCAAAGCUCCGCCCAAUUUUUUGCGGCACCAAAAUUUUUCAAAUCAGUCGCAAAUCGUCGUCUCCUCGGUUGCGAAUUGCUCGGAUUUCAACUAUGAUUUCGCUGAUUCUUGGCUCGAUGGCCAUCUGGCAUGGGGCACAAGCGUGUGUGGCGAGCGGGAUCUGUGGUGGGGGUCUUGCUCCAUCACCGUGCUACUCUCCGAUUCCGCCCGUCGCUCCAACCUGCGCUGGCGGAGUUGGCUGCGCUCCCGGGAUGGCUUGUGGAUCGUAUGGAUGUUACAGACGAACGGCCCGCGCCCUCUCGGCGGCCACAUUCACGUCUGAGGGAGCUGUUGAGACGGUCUCGCAAAGACAAGUGCCCGCAAUCUUCGGCAAAUCUCGCUACACGCCACUCCAUGAGCAAAACGUUCCACCACCACAGCCACCAGUGGAUCCAAAUACCUUGUUCAUGGCCUGUUGUGAACAACGAGGUCUUCCCGAUGCGUGCCUUCAAAAGUGUACCUUCAACACUUACACAAAAGAGGCGUUGACAAGAAUGUACUUCAAGCAAGACGGAUGCCCGUUGGCCGCCUCGGCUGACAUUCAAUUCUGUGCUGCGCAGGGACGCGAUCAUCGACAGUGUUGUGCACGAAAUGGGGUCACCACGACGCUAGCCGGUGGAAAGUGUCUGACUUUCUGCGAUCAACGACCCGGCAACGUCACUCUUCUCGACUAUUCCUACAUCUCGUGCUAUGAGCGCUUUGAAAACAUGAAGAGUUGCUUCUGGUACGAUGCUGUGAACCGAUUUGUU